AUGGAAAGCGGGAAUAAACUGAAGAAGAGCUGCGGUGGCUGGUUUCGCAGGUUAAAAGACUUGGCACAGGAGAGGAAUACUGAGGUCGCGUUGCCGAAAAUGGAAGCGUGGGGAGCUGCAUCAAUGCAAGGGACUUAUAAUUUGGAAAUGGCGCAAGUAGGAACGGAAGCAAUAGCUACCACGGAAAUGUUCGCCACAACUCCUAGCACGACUGUCAGCUCAGCAUCACAGGCCACUUAUUUGGAGACGGUGCAAGUAGGAACGGAAGCAGUAGCUUCCACGGAAAUGUUCGCCACAACUCGUAGCACAACUGUCAGCUCAGCAUCACAGGCCACUAAUUUGGAGACGGUGCAAGUAGGUACGGAAGCAAUAUCUUCCACGGAAAUGUUCGCCACAACUCGAAGCACAACUGUCAGCUCAGCAUCACAGGCGACUAGUGGGGCGCGGGAUCUACGUGACCGCAGUUCAGAGCUUGCAGAAGCAGUUGAUAGAAUACAGGAAUUAGAAGAAGAAAUCUGGGAGAGGGACAACUGCAUAAAAAGAAUUAUGGACGAAAUGGCUUGCCAGGUUAUGGAGUUCAGAAAACAUAUACUGGCAAAGAACAAAAUCAUAAAUGAAUUGAAAGAGAAGCUGGAUGAUCAGAAACAUGACAAAAUAGAUGGUCUGGAAAAUAGCGCCAAAAUAACGAACAGGAGUCUGACCAGGACAGAUGGAGCAGAUCCAACACAGUUCGACUUUCUCCAAAUUCUGGGAAUCGGUGGGUUUGCAAACGUGUUCCUGGUUCAAAAGAGGGGUGGUACGGAUGAUGGCCGAUUUUAUGCAAUGAAGGUGAUAAAGAAAGCUUCGGUCAUUGAAGAAGACGUCAGUCAAUACAUAAUGACAGAGCGUAAUGUGUUGGAGGUGGUGGGCAAACAUCCCUUCUUCACCAGUCUCCAUUACGCUUUCCAAACUGACACCAAAUUAUACCUUGUUCUGGAUUACAUAUGUGGAGGGGACCUACUUAACCAUUCUUACGGCAGAAAAUUAUCAGAAGAUGUGGUAAGAUUUUACAUCAGUGAGACUAUUCUGGCAUUGGAAUACCUUCACAGGUUGGGUAUCAUCCACCGGGAUGUUAAGCCGGAGAACAUUUUGCUGGACUUACACGGACAUGCAGUCCUUACAGACUUCGGUCUCAGCAGGAUGUUCCUUCCAAACGAGUGGCGUAAAACAUAUUCAAGGUGUGGCACACUGAAGUACAUGGCUCCAGAAGUGAUUGUAGUAAGUGACGCCGGCUAUGAUAUGGCUGCGGAUUGGUGGAGUCUUGGUAUCGUCACAUAUAAACUCCUCACAGGGGAGUCACCCUUUGAACGUCAAAGAGAAUCAGAGACAGAUGAGGAAAUUGCUUCGAGAAUAGUUACUACUAAACUCUGUAUCCCAGAUGACUUAUCCUUUCAUGCGGCAGAUUUCAUCUCUAAAUUAUUAGUCAAGGAUCCAAGAAAGCGUUUAGGCGGAGGAAAAGAUGAUGCUAAGGAACUCAAAAGGCAUCCAUUCUUAAAGGGAAUAAACUGGUCUGAUCUUGAACAGAGGAAAAUUUUGGCACCAUUAUCACCCAAAGAAUCAAAUGACAGCAACCUUCAUGAAGAAUUUGAAGAGAAUAUUCCUGCUCACUCACCUGCUACUAUACCUCCAGACUGUAACGAGAUAUUCAGGGGAUAUUCUUAUGUAUCACCAUCACUCUGUACUGAAUAUGUAGCGAGCGAUGAACAAUUUCAGCGUACUGAAGAGAGUUGCCCAAACUCAGCUGAUGUUUCAUAUUACCAAUAUACUUGCAGGGUCGACAACUUGGAAAAGGAACUGAGUGAGGUAAAACGUAAACAGAUGAACUAUGAUUUGGAGAAAACAAAGUUGCAAUCAGAUCUGAGAGCUGCCAUUGAAAAGAUGGAGUCCUUGGAAGCAGAGCUGAUUAAGGUAAAGGGUGCGCAGAACAGCUAUAGAGGGGAGAAAAUGAGGCUGCAAAGACACCUGACAGAUUCCAAAAAAAAGAACACCUCCCUGGAACUGAAAUUGGAUAAGGCAAACUCCCGAUGGAAGAGAUACAAUAUCAAGGAAAACAUGAUGGAAAUAGACCUGAGAGCUGCCAUACAGAGAAUCCAGUCACUGGAAGAGGAACUGAAUGAGACAAACUGUGCAUGGAAGAGGUACAACCAGGAGAACCGGAAGAUGAAAACAGACCUCACAGCCAGCACAGAAAGGAUUGAGUCACUGUAAGCAAAGUCAAUAAGAACUAGGUAUAGAAUAGGUACAACAGGGAGCCAUGGAAGAAAGAAACAUGCCUGAGAAAUGGCACAAAAACAACGAAGUCCCUGGAAGCAGAAUUAACUGAGGCAAACCAUGCACGACAAAGGAACAAAAGGACUGAAAGGAGGCAGAAAACAGACCUAAGAGGUGCUAUAUAAAGGAUCAUGUUCCUGAAAGCAUAGUUGGGAUGUGAGAUUGUUCAUCUUGCUCAUCUUUACUUGGCAACCACUCAAAAGUUUGUAGUUGAGUUACAAUGUAUGUGGUGAGUAAAUCUAAUUAUCAUACCAAACCCUGUGUCCAAUCGGGGCACAAUAUUCUAUCCAUCUUAUUCAGUGCAGUCUACUAUUUAUACAGCAGAAAAACACUGGGGUUUCACUAUAACACAUCCAAUAUAGUGCAAAUCUUUGCCUCGUGUGAAUCGUUGAACAUUCCUGCUCCUGUCAUAUAUUCCAGAGACAUUAAUUAUAACGUUGUCUUCUAAAGCACUUUCACAACAUGCUCCCUUAGACUACAAUAGAGUAGGGCCCAAAUAUACAAGAAUAUAAGCAUCAUGUAACACUGCACUACAUGAUUUUCUACAGCGGAUACCUUUCAUUCAAUAUAUUGUAAUUGUUAUACUGUUUGUGUACGUGAUUUGUCAAUAAACUUUAUAUUUAUUCUCUUCCUUGUAAGAUCAUAACUUUAUGAUAAAUCUGGGUAUGUUCCAUUCUCCAUGUUGAUGUCCUGAAGAUCAUGAUAUCCGCAACCGUGGUUCUUUCUAUGCUUAAUCUCAGCAGCAAUUUCUCCUCAUUUAUGAUUUGCAAAACUAUCAACAAGAAGAGGCUUAAGAAUCUUUGUAAGUUCAAUAAUUAAAAAAAAAAAUUAUUUUUAACAGAAGCAAGCCAACCAUUACUUACAUUCCAGCACUCACCUAAGGAAUUAAUAUCCUGGAGCAGGGCUCUUGAUGGACACAUCACCACACCUUAUGCUUUAUUAACUAUUUUAAUAUUAUCCUCUUUAUUUAAUCAAGCAGUUUCUUCCUUUGAAAUUUACUAACUUCACGUAUGCAUUCUCAUCCUCCCCACAUUUGCUGCAUGACUGGAUAUCUGAGGCUCCUCAAUUUUACCACAUUAGAAAUAUCUGGUGAGGAGCAUAAAUUAUUAAAUGGUGGGCCAAUCAAAGCAACAGAAAGCUUCCAUGACAUCAGGGAGAAUUUCAGGUGUUGUUGAGUUUGAGGUUCUCACUGCGGUGCCUAUGAAUGCAUAUUUUAUCUUAUGAAAAUAAGAGAGCCAGUUUGUAAAUGAAUUAAAAUAAAAAGUCUUGACUUAUAGUCUGAUAAUUAUAGUACUUUCACCUUGCAGACUUGCCUGCAAAAAGUAACCAUGUGACCCUUACAACAUACUAUUUUGGACUGAUUAACAUAUGGAAGCUUUACUAUGUUCAAUUAACAACUCCCUUAUCAUCCAACCUACAAAUGUAAGUCAAUUCCUAAUAGGGCUCUCUCAUCUGAAGGCUGGGAAUUGCUCAUAAAUCUGUGUAAGGAGUUUGUUAUAAGCAGAUGUAUUAUAAAUUAAAUUUGUUCAUACAAUUUUGUCCAUUACUUAAGCCACAGUUGACACAGAAUGCUAUGGAGUUAUCCAGAACACCUAAAAAAGUGUGCAGAACCCUAAGCAUUCAGCAUUUAGUACUUUGUAUAACGCUGCUGAGUAAUGUACACAUCCUUUACAUUUCAGAAAAGUGUAAGUUUCUUGACUUUAAAAGUUCACUAUCAGAGAAUGUUAACAAACAAUUAAAAAAUUACAAUCAUUCUGAAACAAAUGUAAUGAUUUCAUGACAAAGCCUAAUGUAUGUGUAUAAUAUGCAAACUAAAUUAAAGUUUUAUCAUUCAAAUUAUACAUCUGUAGGUGUAUUUUAAUUGAGAUUUCUCUACACUAGAUUUUACAUUAAAAUUCCAAACUUUCUCACCAAAGUACCCCAAUCAAUGCUACUUUGCUAGUGAAUUAUACAUAUCAAUGAGGAAUUUCACUGAACAGACCGAAUAUCUAUUCAAGAUUCUUUUAGGAUUUUUCUCUGGUAAAUGCUGUUCCUUUUUUUGUUAUCUAAGGUACACGUGUACCUUUACAGAUUAUUUCACUUGUUACUUUAUAGAACUGUAAAAAAUAACACCUAUAAAUAAAAUUAAAUGUAAAUCAAUUCAAUUGUGACUAGCUGGUUAUUUAGUGGUACUACAAUAACACUGGAGGUCAUAUGUUGCUGAAUGAAAUUGUGGAUGAGUCUGCGGGUGAAAUGGUAGGUAUGGGGGACAAACAGUCAUGAUGUAUUUUUUUUAUCACAGAAAGACUAUGGGCAACCUACAAACAUCAGUACAAACUUCAGAUAAGAUUCAACCCAGGUACCUCCCAAACACAAGUCACACAUACUACUCUGUCCAAAAAGUAUCCGACCUUGGGCCGGGAAAGAAGAGUUCUGUAUCUGGGUGGUUACAAUACCUA